UGGGCCGAGGGUCGAGGCUCUGGGGGAGCAGGGAGGUGGCGGCGGGGGAAGCCCCGCAGCAGCCCCCUUUCAGCCGAGCGGCCGCGAGAAGGUCCGCGAAGACGCGGGAUCUCGCGAGACACGCGAGUGCGGCUCAACUUGUGGAGGGGCUGCGGGGCGCACGGGGUCGGUGCGCGUCGGGGGCUCUGGUUGCGUGGGCGUCCUCGGCGGCGGCGCUGCGGGGCCUGGUGUUCGUGCGCGUCAGCCUCUGCUCGGACACGGCCGCUCCCCUAGUCUAGCACGAGUUAAAUGCCCGUAGUAAAAGUCUGCUUGCAAGCAUUGGAAUAAGUUUUGUAAAGGAUCAUUUUGUAACAUGGAUUCCCUAACAGAAGAAUUAUUUGUGAGUGAAAAUCCUGAUGUGGAGGAGCAAACCAAGGAAGAAACUGAAAAUAAUGUAGAGAAACCAGCCAGUCAACUGGACAAAGAGAAAAAGGAUAUACCUACAGAUCUUGACCCUCUUAACCCAUUAUUAGAAAUACAGAAGCUAUUAAAUGCAAUCAGUGCUCUACCCAAAGGUGUGGUCCCUAAUGUUGAAAAGUUCAUACAAGAAGACUUCUCCUUCCAGACUCUUCAGAGGGAAGUUUCAUCUAAUAGCCAGACUGGGGAAGAAAUUGUUCCUGCUUUAACAUUACAGUUUUUGAUAACACAACUGGAAACAGCACUUAGAAACAUUCAAGCUUCUAAUUGUACUGUACACCAAAUUAAUAUUGAUUAUUACUUGACAUUACUGUUUUUGUAUGGAGUAGCACUCACUGAAAGACGAAAGAAAGAGGACUUCAUAGAAGCUGAAAAUAAAUUUCUAGUGAUGAAGAUGGUGAUCCAAGAAAAUGAAAUUUGUGAAAACUUUAUGACUUUAGCUUAUUUUGGGCGUGGUUUACUUCGAUGCGCUCAGAAGAGGUAUAAUGGAGGACUACUAGAAUUUCACAAAAGCUUGCGAGAAAUAGGAGAUACAGAUGAUGAUUGGUUUGACGUAGAUCCUACAGAUGAUGAAGAUUUCCCUACAACUUUCAAAGAUGUUCUCAAUAAUUUUAUCCAAACAACUGAAAGUAAUAUAAUGAAACAGACCAUUUGCAGUUAUCUUGAUUGUGAGCGCUCUUGUGAAGCUGACAUUUUAAAGAACACUAACUAUAAGGGAUUUUUUCAGCUAAUGUGCAGUAAAAGUUGCUGUGUUUACUUCCAUAAAAUUUGUUGGAAAAAGUUCAAGAACUUAAAGUAUCCAGGAGAAAGUGAUGAGAGUUUUAGUGGGAAAAAAUGUUUGAAAGAUGGAUGUGCAGGUGACAUGGUAAGGAUGCUACAAUGCGAUGUACCUGGAAUUGUCAAAAUUUUGUUUGAAGUGGUGAGAAAGGAUGAAUAUAUAACCAUCGAAAAUUUAGGAGCAAGUUACAAGAAGUUGAUGUCUCUGGAAUUAACUGACACUGAUAUAAGAUCAGAAUUUGAUUUAAAAUUCAAUACGAAAGAUGAAAUGCCUAUCUUCAAACUUGAUUAUAAUUAUUUCUAUCAUCUGCUUCAUAUAAUUAUUAUUUCUGGUACUGACAUUGUCCGACAAAUAUUUGAUGAGGCUAUGCCACCCACUCUUUUGAAAAAAGAACUGCUUAUACACAAGAAUGUGCUGGAACCCUACUACAAUCAUCUUUGGACCAAUCAUCCUUUGGGUGGAUCAUGGCAUCUGCUUUAUCCCCCAAACAAGGAACUACCACAGUCCAAACAGUUUGACUUAUGCCUCUUAUUAGCACUCAUUAAACAUCUGAAUGUAUUCCCUGCACCCAGAAAAGGCUGGGAUAUGGAACCACCGUCUUCUGAUCUCUCUAAGUCUGCAGACAUUCUGAGGCUCUGCAAGUACAGAGAUAUCCUCCUCAGUGAGAUUCUGAUGAAUGGUCUCACUGAGUUACAGUUCAAUUCAAUUUGGAAAAAGGUUUCUGAUAUUCUUCUGCGCCUUGGAAUGAAACAAGAGGAUAUUGACAAAGUCAAGGAGAAUCCUAUUGAGAAUAUCUCCCUUGAUUAUCAUCAGCUGUCCAUUUAUCUAGGCAUACCAGUACCAGAAAUCAUCCAGAGGAUGUUAUCCUGCUAUCAACAAGGAAUUGCUCUACAGUCAAUAACAGGCACUCAGCGUAUUGAUAUAGAAGAGUUACAGAAUGAUGAAGAAGAGUUGAGUCCACCUCUAAUGGAAUACAGUAUAGAUGUGAAAUCAAACACUGAAAUGCAGUUAGCAGAACUAAAUAAAGAUGUAGCCUCAAUACCUAGUGAAUCUUCAACAGAAUCUAUUAAAGAUCUUCUGGAGGUUAAAAGUAAAACAAAGAAAAAGAAAAAAACUAAGAGUAAAAAGGAUAAGGACUCAGAAGAAGAACAAGGCUCAUAUACGAUAGAAAAGGAUGACCAACUGGAUACAGAACAAGGAGAUAUGUACACACUCAGUACAUACAUAAAGACUGAUGCAAGCGAUGCGCAAGAUGAUUCUGCAGCUGAGGACAAGUUCUGUAGCCUGGACGAACUGCAUAUUCUGGACAUGAUAGAGCAGGGCUCAUCUGGAAAGGAAAGUACAGACCGCAAAGAAACUGAAAGGGAAAGACUUGCUUGUCAGCACCAGCUUUAUAAAUUGCAGUGUGAGUGUGAAGAUUACAAAAGACAACUGAAAACAGUGACAUUCAGGUGGCAUGAAAAUCAAAUGCAGAUCAAAAAGAAAGAAAAAAUUAUUGUAUCUCUUAACCAACAAGUAGCUUUUGGAAUCAAUAAAGUGUCCAAAUUACAGCGCCAAAUCCAUGCUAAAGAUGAUGAAAUUAAGAGCCUUAAAGAUGAACUUUCCAUGAAAAGAUCUCAGUGGGAAAUGGAGAAACAUAAUCUGGAAAGCACAGUUAAAGCAUAUUUAAACAAACUGAAUGCAGAAACUAAUAGAGCCUUAACAGCUGAGGUAUACUUCUUACAGUGUCGUAGAGAUUUUGGUUUACUGCACCUCGAGCAGACGGAAAAGGAGUGCCUCAAUCAACUCGCCAGGGUGACUCACAUGGCAGCAAGCAAUGUAGAAUCACUUCAAUUAAAGGCUGCUGUGGACAGCUGGAAUGCCAUUGUGGCAGAUGUUAGAAACAAGAUUGCAUACCUGAGGACACAGUACAAUGAACAAAUCAAUAAGGUGAAACAAGGGUUUGCCUUGAGUACCUUGCCUCCAAUCCAGCUUCCCCCACCACCACCAAGUCCUGAGAUACUGAUACAGCAGUUCUUAGGAAGACCCCUUGUGAAGGAAUCUUUCUUUAGACCCAUACUUACUGUUCCUCAAAUGCCUGCAGUUUGCCCUGGAGUUAUUUCUGCAGCUGUACAGCCUAGACCGCCCCUGAUGCCUGGUAUAACCUGGGCUAUGCCAACACCUAUAGCUGACAAUGUGUCACCCAGUGCAAGUCUGUGCAGUGAACCUCUCAUGAUAAACUGGGAGAGGAUUACAGACAGACUGAGAAUGGCUUUUCCACAGCAAACAAGGAAGGAGCUUACAGAUUUCUUACAACAGCUCAAGGAUUCUCAUGGAAAGUCCGUGUCUCGACUUACAUUUGAUGAAAUUGUUUACAAGAUUGCUCAAAUGAUUGAGCCCAAGAAAUCUGAGAGUGAAGGAAAAUCUGCGCCAGAUGGUAAUAGUUCAUCACCCAGCCACACUUCAUCGCAGCCUAGUGCUCCCCAGACCCCCAAGUCACCACAAGGUUCUACCACAUGGGAAGGAGACAAGGACUUGGAUAAUGAAGAGGAAGAAGAGGAGCCCUGUGUAAUCUGUCAUGAAAAUUUGUCUCCAGAAAACCUUUCUGUUUUACCUUGUGCUCACAAAUCCCACUCUCAGGUAAACAAUUAAGCUUGUCCUGUUAAUAUUUUAGCAUUAGUCAGCUAAGCAAGCUUACUGCCUUGCUUACAAGGUGUAUGAGCAUCCAGUGUCAUUUCACAGCCCCACUGGCCAUCACUGCACUUCCUUCUCUGAGUGCCAUACAGAACGUUUACAUCUUUCACUGUAUGCAGUCAUGGCUGUACUACUGUUUUCGGGAGGACAGCCUGGAGAUUUAAAUGGUAUACAGUAUACAGUUCCCUUGAGCAAACUGGGAGAAAUAGAAAGCAAUUGAGUGAUAGGACUAGUAACAAAGAAGUGACAUUUUACCCUUUCUUGCUGUAAAUUCUACAGUGUCUAUUGUCCAUAUGUAAUAAUGGCCCCUCACAUUUUAAAACUGACUUGUUUUAGUAAUCUAACCUCUUGUGUUUAUGUUUGAAGACUCUGAGACUUGGAUUAAUGUUAGAAAAAUGUGAGGCCGACAUAUCUUUUGUGUUCUUGCUAUGUAUAUGGAUUAACUCCUGGUGCUGCUGUUGUGUAACUGUUACUGAUUACCAUGUAUGGUCCAAAUCCUCUGAGGAAAAAUGUGAUUCAACAAUAGAAAAGAUAAUCUUAGACAAGAAGUGUUUUUCUCGGGGAAGUAAACAAUUGCCUGAUUUUUCCAACCAUGUUAUAAAGAUAAAAUAUGUGGUACAAAAUUAUGUGUGUUGUCUGCUUUGAUCUGAAGAGGUUUGAAAAAUUGUUAAUCCCAUAAAGUCUCAAAUGACACUUAGACACCCAGUUUUUCCAUCUUGAAAGUUUGAUGUGUGAAUAUUUUACAAUAAGAAUGUUUGUCAAAACUUACUUGCAUUGCCCAGUGAAAAGGAAACAUAUAAUUCAUUCAGUUUACUCUUCAAGGUUGGUUAUUAGACAUCAAAUAUAGUCCCUACACUUUUAAUCCUGUUAUCUGAUUUGCCUCUCCAUUAUUCAAACAUCAAAAAUACCUAGUUUUAGAGUCAAUACUUACCAAAACAUAACAAACACUUCACAGUUCAGGAUUACUGUUUCACUGCAGAAAACAAUCUGAAGAGACUGUUCUUCCAGGGGGGUUCAGCUUUAGAGCCCCAUCAAGGAAUUGGUAAUUUUCAUAUGCCUAGUUAUUUGUUUAGUUAAUUAUAAGUGAAAAAAUAUAAAUCAAAUCAACCAAAGAGUAAAUAGCAAGCUUCUCCAAUAUCCUUGUAGAACUACUAGUCAUUUUUUAAAAUAGGGAGAAACCAAAUUUGAGCCAAAUAGACUGGCUUAAAAAUACUCUGCCAUUGCCAUGGAUAGCUUAGCAAACCAUAGUUGUAGCAGAUGGCUUGGCUUUCAGAACCACCAGAGGAGAAGGCAUCUUGGUUGGUGACUGAUGUGUAGAGUGGAAGCUGCCUUUGCUAGGCUAGAUUUGAAACUCUGACUUAAUCAUUUUGCUCCUUAGUGCAUUGGACCAUGGUUGAUACAACAGGGGACAUGCCCCACCUGCAGACUCCAUAUUUUGCUACCAGAAGAAUUCCCUAACCACCCCAACAGGCAGUUAACCAAGAUCUGAUGCAAGGCAGGUAGCUAGCUAUAACUAAGAUCAGUUUUAGACAUUGGAAUUUAAUUCAGCCUUUUAAUGAGAUAAUUGUUGGAAUAGUAUUAUGCAACAUGUCCUUUGGCUUCAUGCUAAUAGACCAGCUAAUCACACCAGAGCUGAGCCACAGAUUAAAACAGAUCUAAAGCAUAUGUAAAUUAAAUAGAAGGGACUUAAAGAAGGUGGGAUUUGAUAGUUGCAUUUUAUUGCUCUUCAUAACAUUUUCCAUCUGUAAACACAAGACCUGUACGGAUGACUAAUACUAUAUUUCUUAAACUAUCCUGUCUUUUUUUUCUCCUUACUCUAUUUUUCUUUAUUUUCUUUCAAAUAUGGUACAUUUUAAUUUCCUGAAAUAAGUUUAAGAGAAAAAGCAAGAAACAUUCUAUAGAUUUUAGUUUUCUUUUUAACUUUGAAAGCUCGAGGUUAAAAAUAUAACUAUUAUAAGUUAUAUUUCUAUCUCAAUUGUUCUUUCUAUCUUCUGAAAUAACUACCUUUGAUGAGAUUAUGGAUUCCUUGACACUGGUGACCAUGCAAUGGUUCAUAAUAGCCUGUGAUAGAUGAUUGUUUCAGACAUGACAGGACCAGUAUGUCAACUUGUUUUUGCCAUGAAAUCUCACAAUAAUUAUACUAUAAAAACUACAACUAAGAUUUGUAUUUCCAAGCCGGGCAGUGGUGGCGCACGCCUUUAAUCCCAGCACUGGGGAGGCAGAGGCAGGCGGAUCUCUAUGAGUUCGAGGCCAGCCUGGUCUACAAGAGCUAGUUCCAGGACAGGCACCAAAAACUACAGAGAAACCCUGUCUCAAAAAUCCAAAAAAUAUUUGUAUUUUCCUCAAAAGCUAGUUCUUAAUAUCACACCACAAGAUGCCUAUAUUCCCAAUAUUUAGUGCCAUAAAUGCAGAAUGAAGUUAGAAUUAGAAACCAAGAGCUACUAAAGGAGCCAGAUAAUGCAAAUUAAGUCAUUUACUGAGAUAAUUGAGAUCUUACAUUACUUUGUAAACAUAUUCCUUGGCUCUUAAUCAUUUGCAUUUUGUAAAGACUUUAUUUUUGUGGGACCCUCACCUCUUAUUCUCAAAGGGACGAGAAUUUCCUAGCAGAAUGUUUUCCCAGGAAGAUAGUGGCCUUCCCCUCUCCCACCCGAGAGAUUCCGAGCACAAGGUCACUUAGCCCAGCCAGUCAGCCACCUGGUACAGGCUGAUAAAGAUGGCCUGCUCUGAGAACAAGGAGGAAGCUGACUUAGCAGGAUGGGAAGGAGCAAAAGUCCAUGCACCCAUGCCAAAGCACCUUGAAAAAGCCUCUUUGUAGUUCUACCUUUAAAAGCCUACCCCACAGAGGAGAUACAAGAUGGAGAGGAGUCCAAACAUGUUUGUAUUAUGCUGAUUAAACCUUGCUUAUUACAGUCUGGGCCUCUCUGUAUGGUCUCUCUCUGGGGGUCAUAAUCUGGGCACAACACUUUCAUGUAGUUGUUGUGGGAAAGAGAAGACAUCGUUUACAUGUACUUGCUGCUUCUUGCAACAAAGUUCAUAUCCAGUAGACCAAAUGCCUAUCAGAAGCUUGUCACUGAGAGUUUCCAUUCCUAGACAACAAAGCCUAUUUUAAAAGUAGUGUGAAUGCUGUAAGUGGUGUACAUGCCUGUACUUUCAAAUUUAAUCCAUAGUUCCCUUGUGAGACACGUAUCCUUGGCUCAUAUUCAUAAUCUCAAUUUCAUUAAUUUUGAGAGGAAAAGGUUUUUUUGACUCAGCAACUAUUUUUGUGUGUAUUUCAGUGUAAAUAUAUUUUGAAGUUACUGUGAAUCUCUAUUUAAAAAUUCUAUUCCUGUAAUUGUAUGCUAAACUUCUUUUCCUAUUUUGAAAAUAAACUGAAAGAUGUGAAGAAAAAUAUUUUUUUAAAUGUCAGCGUUUGCGUGGGUGAGGUGAUUCACCAGGUGAAGGCUGCCCGUUGCCAAGCCUGAUGACCUGAGUUCUGUUCCUGGGAUACACAUGGUGAAAAGAAGAACUGCCAGUCCUGCCAGUUUUCCUCUGACCUUCACAUGUACAGUGUGGCUUGUGUGCACGCACACACACACACACACACACACACACACACUACACUCAGAUGC